AAAAUCAAAAACUUAUCUAACAAUAUCUUACAAAGUCCAGACAAAUUUAAUAAUUUACCAUACUUACUAUAAUUGUAGUAACAAAAAAUAAAUGAAUAAAAAAUGGAAAAAGCAAAAUGGUGAAAAAACGGUGAGUGAAGUAAAGCCUUCUCUUCUCUUCUCUCUAAACAAAAAGAAAUCAUCCGAUCUGACACACACAGCCACACGCUCUCUUCUUUUUCUCCUCUCCUUAUACAUACAUACCCCAAAACAAUGGCGGUUUUGUUCUCUCUUCAUUAACUAAACUUAGCAUAAUAAUAAUAAAUCAAUACUAGUAGUAGUAGUAAAUUAAUUAUUACUACUAUUCUAUUACUAUUUCAGUCGCAAAAAGACCACGGUCGUCGCCGCCACCAACUACCCCACAAAAAAAAUCCAUUCAACAAAAACCCGACCCGGUUCAUCUCUCACUUUUUCCAUUACUAUUUUUUUAUAAAGAAGUUUUUCAGCACACUGUUUUCUUGUCCCCUCUCUUCAAAAAAGAUAACAAACAUCUACUACGUUUUAUCCUUGGUCGUUUUCUGUUACAACGUUCGUUUCACUUUCUUCUUCUUCUGUAGUACUUCUAGUUAUAGUUACCACUCACUCACUUACUCACUAACCUCCAUUUUCUCGAGAUCCGGUUCUCUUUGGGAUUCGUUUCAUCUUUAACUGAGAUCUGUUCAGUUUUUAAGGUUAUUGCUAAAUUUGGUGCUGAAAACGUUCUUGUAUCAUGGUUCAAGAUGUGAACUUGAAGUUGAUUAUGUUCGAAUGAAGACUAUUGUUUUCUAUACUCAGCUUGAUUUUGGUUGAAGAUUCAAUCUUUUCUUCUAGUUGAAGAAAUUUACUAUCUGGGUGUUUGAGUUUUUUUGGGUUGGUGAAGGGAAGAUAAAGAUAAGAAGAAUGAUAUUGUGGAGUUGGAAAGAUAUAAGAAAAAAGGAUUUGUUUUUGGUUUUUGUGGGUUCAAUUUGUGUAGUUGAAAAUCAUUGAUUUUUGGGUUUGGUUUUUAACUUUUAAGGUUUCAAGUUGUUGAAUUGAAAUGAAACUUUCUUCAGCUGGGUUUAGUCCUCCACCUGAGGAAGGAGAAAAACGGGUUCUAGAUUCGGAACUUUGGCAUGCUUGUGCUGGUCCUCUUGUUUCUUUGCCGGCUGAUGGAAGCCGCGUCGUUUACUUUCCACAAGGCCACAGUGAACAGGUUGCUGUAUCUACCAACAGGGAAGUUGAUACUUAUAUCCCGAAUCCAAGUUUACCUCCUCAACUUAUUUGUCAACUUCAUAAUUUGACUAUGCAUGCAGAUACGGAGACAGAUGAAGUGUAUGCGCAGAUGACCUUGCAGCCUCUAAAUCCUGAAGAGCAAAAAGAGGCAUAUCAUCCUGCAGAGUUGGGAACGGCAAACAAACAGCCAACAAACUACUUCUGCAAAAUUUUGACAGCCAGUGAUACAAGUACUCACGGUGGAUUCUCUGUUCCUCGCCGGGCAGCUGAAAAAGUUUUUCCUCCACUGGACUUUUCACAACAGCCUCCUGCUCAAGAGUUGAUUGCAAGGGAUUUACAUGGUAAUGACUGGAAAUUCAAACAUAUCUUCCGAGGUCAGCCCAAGAGGCAUUUACUUACAACGGGGUGGAGUGUCUUUGUGAGUGCUAAAAGACUAGUUGCUGGUGAUUCAGUGCUGUUUAUAUGGAAUGAAAAAAAUCAAUUGCUUCUUGGCAUUCGGCGUGCUAAUCGACCCCAACAUAUGAUGCCUUCAUCAGUGUUGUCAAGUGAUAGCAUGCACUUAGGGUUGCUGGCUGCUGCAGCUCAUGCAGCUGCAACGAACAGUCGUUUCACCAUUUUCUAUAAUCCACGUGCUAGCCCAUCUGAAUUUGUCAUACCCCUAGCAAAGUAUGUUAAAGCUGUAUAUCAUACUCGAGUUUCAGUUGGUAUGCGCUUCAGGAUGCUUUUUGAAACAGAGGAAUCUAGUGUUCGGCGAUACAUGGGAACAAUAACUGGCAUCAGUGACCUGGAUUCUGUCCGGUGGCCAAAUUCACAUUGGCGUUCAGUAAAGGUUGGCUGGGACGAAUCCACUGCAGGUGAGAGGCAACCUAGAGUGUCUCUAUGGGAAAUUGAGCCACUAACAACAUUUCCGAUGUAUCCAUCUCCAUUCCCCCUUAGGCUUAAAAGACCAUGGCCUCCAGGAUUGCCUGCAUUCCAUGCAGGCUUGAAGGAUGAUGAUUUUGGCAUGAAUUCUCCAUUAUUGUGGCUACGAGAUGCAGAUAGAGGGCUUCAGACUCUUAAUUUUCAAGGGAUGGGUGUUAACCCUUGGAUGCAGGCAAGGCUCGAUCCGUCCAUGAUGAAUAUGCAACCAGACAUGUACCAAGCUAUGGCAGCUGCUGCACUUCAGGAUAUGAGGACUUUAGAUCCUUCUAAACAGCAUCCUGCAUCCUUACUUCAAUUUCAGCAGCCACAGAAUUUCCCCAAUGGUAAUGCUGCUUUAAUGCAAAACCAGAUGUUGCAGCAAUCUCAACCUCAGCAAGCUUUUUCAAAGAAUCAAGAAAGUCAGCUUCCAUCUCAGUCUCAGGCUCAAACACAAAAUUUUCAGCAGCUUCUUCAGAAUCAGCACUCAUUCACUAAUCAAAGUUAUCAUCAUCUGCAGCAACAGCAACAACUACAACAACAGCAACAACAGCAACAGCAGCAGCAACAACAACAACAACAGCAGCAGCAACAGCAACAACAGCAGCAGCAGCAGCAACAAGUUGUAGAUCGUCAGCAAAUUUCAAAUGCUGUCUCUACAAUGUCUCAGUUUGUUUCUGCACCACAAUCUCAAUCAACACAGCCCAUGCAAGCUAUCUCUUCAAUUGGCAAUCAACAACAUUUUUCUGAUUCAAAUGGGAACCCUGCAACUACUGCUAUUGUUUCUCCUUUGCACAAUAUGUUAGGUUCAUUUCCUAAUGACGAAACAUCUCACCUUCUCAACCUUCCUAGACAAAACUCUUGGGUUCCUGUUCAAUCAUCAACUGCAUGGCCCUCGAAACGCAUUGCAGUUGAUCCUCUCCUUUCUUCCGGAGCAUCUCAUUAUGUUCUCCCUCAAGUCGAGCAGCUAGGGCAGUUACAAACUACCAUUUCUCAAAAUGGCAUUACCUUGCCCCCAUUUCCUGGUAGGGAGUGUACAAUAGAAGGGAACACUGAUCCACAAAACCAUCUGUUGUUUGGUUUUAACAUAGAGCCCUCAUCACAUCUAGUUUAUAAUGAGAUGUCAAAUCUUAAGAGGGUCAAUAGCAACUGUGACUCAUCAGCUGUACCUUUUCAAUCUUCUACGUACCUGAAUACCACAGGUGCCGAUUCUUCAUUGAAUCCUGGAAUGACACACAGCAUUGGUGAGUCGGGCUUCCUGCAAACUCCAGAAAAUGGAGGUCAAGGGAACCCACCAAACAAAACCUUUGUGAAGGUUUACAAAUCAGGGUCCUUCGGAAGAUCGUUGGAUAUCACUAAAUUCUCCAACUACCCCGAGCUACGCAGUGAGCUUGCUCGCAUGUUUGGGCUUGAAGGUGAGUUGGAGGACCCUGUAAGAUCAGGCUGGCAGCUUGUAUUUGUUGAUCAGGAGAAUGAUGUUCUUCUCCUCGGUGAUGGUCCAUGGCCGGAAUUUGUAAAUAGUGUAUGGUGUAUCAAGAUACUUUCCCCUCAAGAAGUGCAACAAAUGGGGAACAAUGGUCUAGAGCUUCUGAACUCAGCUCCAACUCAGAGGCUCUCCAAUGGAAUCUGUGAUGACUACACCGGCCGCGAGGACUCUAAUUUAAGCACCGGGUUAACAACUGUGGGGUCUUUAGACUACUGAAUGUUGUGACAACAAAUACUGUGAAUUUCUAUUCUCUUGUAUUAUUAUUACUCUUACUUCUCAAACCCUCUAAAAAUGGUGGGAAGUGGUUCCUAGUUGUAGUUUAUAGCUUACUCAUAAGCCUUUUGUUUUUCAGUUUUUACUUGCCUAAAACAAUUGAUGAGCUAAACACUUAGCUAUAUGGCAUUUUCUCAUUGUAGUUUUCUAUAAUAUAUUGAUCACUUUUAGGAACUCAA